AUGACUGACCAAAAAACUGUUGUUAUUCUUGGUGCAGGAUGGGCCGGCGUGCCGCUCGCCCACAAGUUACUUAAAUAUAUUACUUCCAAGACACCACCCCUCAAAGUCAUCUUAGUAUCGCCAAACAGCCAUUUCUUCUGGAACGUGGCGGCUACUAGAGGCCUUAUUCCUGGGAUGAUUCCAGAUGAAUCGAUGUUUAUCCCGAUCGCUACUGGAUUUGAGCAUUACGCGGUCGACAUAUUCGAAUUCAUACUUGGCAGAGCCACUGACAUCCAAUCAUCAUCUAAUUCAGUUACUAUCCUUACCAGCACUGGCGGGAGUAGGACUUUGCAUUACCAUCAAUUAGUGAUAGCGACGGGCUCGAGAUUGGCUAGUGGUCUGCCACUAAAACCCAUCGGUACGCAUGCGGAGACCCUCGCUGCGUGGCAUGAGCUGCAAACAAAUAUCGGCCGCGCCAGAGACAUUGUCGUUGCUGGUGCAGGUCCAACUGGCGUUGAGAUUGCUGGAGAGUUAGCCGCUAAGUUUGGAAAACUCAAAACAAUUACGCUUAUUAUACGUGGGGAUCUCCUAUUGGAGAGCUCCAGCGGCGUACUCUCUUCUGUUCGAACAACUCUGGACAAAGACUUGCAAAAGCUCGGUGUCAAACUAAUCCGCAAAACUUGCGUGAAAGCCGUCGAGGCUGGCGAUGAUGGCAAGACACAAGUUUUAAUUCUAGACAAUGGGUCAAGAAUGGUUACCGAGUUUUAUCUUCCAUGUCAUGGAAUUCGACUGAAUAACAGCUUCCUUUCCGACAGCUUCCUUGAUCCGAAUGGUAAUGUGAAUAUCGAUGGUAAUAUGCGCAUAGUGGGCAUAGAGAAUAUCUGGGCUAUUGGUGAUGUGAGCAAUGCUGGUCCAAAGCAGCUCACGGUGACGGAUAACCAGAUUAUCUACUUGGCUGGCGCAUUGGAAGCUGCGUUGAUGGGGAAGGAGUUUAUCGCACCUUACCAGCCUGGCAAAAAAACGAUGAUCUUUCUCUCGCUAGGAAGAAAGUACGCGACCGGGCAGAUUGGUAGCUGGAAGCUAUGGGGAGUAUUGGUGUCAUACGUGAAAGGCAGGAACUUGUUUGUUGAUACCGCAGAGGGUUACGUUAGUGGAAAGCAUCUUAGACAUUCGUCGAUGUAG